CGGGUCGAACAACUUAUAAUGGUGCCUAUUCUGUAUUCCGACGGAUUUCUAUUUCGUUCGAAAGUGAUAUUUCGAUCGUUUUCGAAUUUACCAUUCCCUAUUCCAAUCGUUUUGCUCGUUUCGAACGAAAGUGUUAGAAAAUUUCGAAUAUGCAUCGAUCUGUCAAAAACCGAUAAACAAAAAGAAACACCGUAUUAAAUAGCGGCGAGUGCGAGUUGAAUUCCAGUUAAUUUUUGAUCCUAAGAGAAAUUUGUGAGAAAAUUUUCUCGUUCAAUGGAUUCCGUUUUGUUACCGAUUUUGGCGGAGCAAGAAGAAAUUGGAAUGCCUUGCUACCAUCGGCGAAACCACCGAAAAUCAACCGACUUCAUGAAACUUUCUGAUGAAGCAUUCAUCAAAAGUUUUCGUCUAAGUAAGGAAGCUUUUCGGUACGUUUUAGAGGAAAUUGAGAACUGCCUUACCACAAGGAAAGGUGGUCUAUCCACGGAGGUGAAACUCGCAGCAUGUUUGCGAUUCUUUGCUGAAGGAAAUUAUCAACAUGGAGCAGGGCAAGAUUAUCACAUUGCCAUAGCACAGCCCACAUUUUCCAAGGUGCUGACUGAAAUGCUUAACAUUCUGGAGCGGACACUGUGUAAGAAAUGGAUUUCCCUAAAUAUGACGGAAGACGAACAGCGGCGUGCUAAACUACACUUCUAUCAGAAAACAUCAAUUCCGGGUGUUAUUAUGUGUUUGGAUGGAACCCACGUAAAAAUUAUUCCACCUAAGCUGAAUCGAAAUUUGUUUUUUAAUCGGAAGGGAUUUUAUAGUCUCAACGUUCUGAUUGUUUGUGACGAUCAGCAAAGGAUUCGUUUCGUUGAUCCUACCUUCCAGGGAUCUAAUCAUGACUCUCAUAUAUGGCGUGUAAGCCCUGCAAGAACUCACUUUGAGCAGCUUCACCAAAAUGGUGAAGUUAAUACUAAGAUUCUAGGUGAUGCUGGUUAUCCAUCGGAACCUUGGUUAGUAACGCCAUUCAGAGCAGCGGAGGAAGGGAGUUUGGAGAGCGAUUUUAAUCGCAGGCAUGCCUUGGGUCGUGCUAUCGUCGAGCGGACAAUCGGUUUACUAAAAAAUCGGUUUAGAUGCAUCCUUGGCGCGAGACAACUUCACUACAAUCCUACUAAAUGCGCUCAAAUUAUAAAUGUAUGCUGUGCACUUCACAAUAUAUGCUUAGAAUUUGGUCGUUCUCAGUAGUUAUAAUAUGUUAUGUAGCUGUUUACAUAAUAAACUUUUGUUUAAAUUAAUAUUUAUGACUGUUAAAUUUCAUCUAACUUGUUUGCAAAUGCUCAAAUAAAUAACAACCACCGGAAAAGGAAGUGUCUUCCUUACUUAACUAUGGUUUCGGCAGAAUUAUUUACUCUUAUUCCUGCCAACACUUUGAGAACAUGUCAUUAUCGAUUUCUCGUAAGCAGGCCAAGUAUUCAAAUAACCAUUAUUAAUACUUUUUGCGUUGUUUUAACCCCUUGCUGUACGAUUUAAUUUCCAACAGCACGGCCCAAAACGAGCACUUCGAGUCGUUCCGCUACUCUGCUGAGUGUGGGUAUCUAACAUGGGUGCCCUAUGAUGAGCAAAUACAUGUUGUGUUUAAAAUAAAAACGAAGGAGUUAUUACUACGUACUAACUCGUUCGUUUUUAUUUUAAUUAUAAUAUUCAAAUUAUAUUUUAUAUUUUUAGCUCAUUCAAUUUUUUUUUUAAAUAACGGAAAUUUGAUAAUCUUCAGUUGUCGGUAUCCUCAUCAUAUGCCUGAAGCUAUGUAAUUAUUUCACAUCGAGAAACAACGAGUGAAGUUCAAUGUUGUACGUGAAGGGGUUAAGGAAGUUCCAUAAACUAUAGGCGAAAUUCGUGAAUUUUAAAAAAGUUUAUAUAAUUUUGAUGCUAUUCCAAACAAACUUCAAAGAAAAAAUUAAGUAAGAUUUUUCUUCCAUGGAAAGAUAUAAAAAUACGAUUAGAACUUUUUUCAUUUUUUUAUACUUGAGUUACAAUAUAAAGAUAAAAAAUCAGAUCACUGAUAUUUUGAAACAUUAUUCUAAUGUUCUGAAAUAUACGCAAUCUGCGUUUCAAGGAUUUGUCGCUUGACUAUUGAUUUCUCCAGCGCGAUCUUCUCAUCUCGUGGUUAUGUCGUUUUUGUUCACUCAGAUGUUCUUUGAGUGUGGCAUCCACGGAAAGAAUCGCUCGAGCUGAUUGGCGCUGAUAAUGAACCAGAUCACUCAAAUUCUUGUUUGUGUUUUUUAACAGGGAUUUCACAUUGGUGUGAAAUUUGUUUUGUUGCUCGACUUGCAGCUCUAAUAGCCUCGUGGUAGAAGGUCUGGAUUUUUUCGGCUGAGAGGGCUGGAAGUGAAUGGUAUUAUUGAUACCGUCACACUCGUCGGAAGUACCAUAAUAUAUAAAAUUUUCCUGGUCUGCAGCUUGAGGUUCACCCGAAGGCGAAUCCAACUGUGUUCCAUGAGAUGAGGUACCCGGGAUUCCUUCCACGGUCGCAAGUAACCCAGUUAGUAGAACUGCCUGCUCCUCCAGCUCGGACAAAUUGAUAAUUUUAUUGGGUCCUCCACCUGUCGCCCUCUGCUCCCGUUUGUUGUGAGCGAGUUUUCGCUUUAAUCCGGACUUAGUCCGCCCAAACCUACACAGAAAACCAGGGCAAAAAUAAGACUAUAAACAUAUGUUUCGGAUUCGUUUUAGUAUAUACCUUUUUCCAUCCACUUCCAUCGCGAAUAGGCGGUCCCAAACUAUUGACUUCUGCCGCCAGAUCAUCCCAGAAGGGUCCGGAAUUUCCUCGGGAGAAACCCUUUGCUAUGUCCGGCUCUUGCUCCAGAAGCAGCACAAUCCGCUCGAACUGAUUUUUAGUGGUUGUUUUGUUUUUGUUUUUUUCCCUGUUGAACGUUAAAAUUAAUUUAAAGAAAAAAAUGAUUAAAAAUUAGCUUACAUUUUUGCAGUUCACCGCUCAUCCGCUGCGGAAAUUAUUCACUCCUUCAUAAACAAAGUGGGUUUGACGUUUGGU